AUGGAGGAGGAUGUUCGGUUGCCCUACGCGGAGCAGCUUGACGGCUGUCGGAUCGACCAUGAACAGCCCGACAAGGCUGUCUCUGACCCGCAACAGAAUGGCUCGCGUGAGAAAGGCCAGGGACGGACAAAUGAGCAGAGCUCACCACCCUUCUACCGGUUACCUCGCACCGUCAUUGAGCACAUCCUCUACCGCGUUGACGCCAAUAUCUUUGCAUCCCUAACCCUCUUGAAUCGAAAAUGGCGACGGAUUUCCGACUCGCCUCAACUUUAUGCCUAUCACCUGGCUCGCUGCCCAUCUUUCGCCCUGACGCAGAAGGCCACCGCGGUCACGACCCUUCCAGACGGCCUGGCAAACCUGAAACGCUGUUUCCAGGCGGAAAUUCGGCGCAAUGCAUUUGACGUCUUUCUGCGACCUCGGAAAACAUUGAUCAAACUCAUCUCGACGUCUAUGAGCUCCUCGACGCCUUUCCCACAGGGUGAAGCUUUCCGGUUUACUUUCUCGCCCAAUGCCCAGCUGGUUCUAUGCAUCAGCUCCUCGCGAAUCGUGGUCAUCGACGUGGCGACUGGUCCGGCUGUUGUAAGACAUGAGUUGAAGACUUCACGACGUCCGUUAGAUGCUGCUAUCUCGGAUGAUGGUGCCCUUCUUGCUGUGGUGUCUUCCAGCCACCAGGUUCACGUCUAUACUCUUUCCCCUCUCGAGGCAAAACAUAUCCAGGAACUUCAGUUGAAUGAUGUACCGCGAACGUUAGCACUCUGUCCAAUGGGGGGAGUACUUGCUAUCGCAUACAAUGACCGGAUUGAGGUGUACGCCAUUGGAGAGGGGGCCUUGGCAACGGAACGACGAGCCGUCCGCUGCAAUGGAGUCGAUUCGCUGUCGUUCUCGUCUGAUGGGGUCAUGUUACUUGGUUCUUGCAGUGGUAAUGAUGAUAGCGAACUCGUUACCAUCACCGUGCCGUUUUACACGGAGCCGGACUCCGAUUCUGCACGAGACGCCCAAAUUCGAAUGUGGACAACCCAGAUACUCUUCCCAGAACUCAUCCAGGGUUAUACUCAUGCAUGCCUGCUCCCAAUGCAUGCCGAGGGUGAGGGUAACUGGGUCCUUGGAUUUGACAAGGAGAUUGGAGCCUUUCGAUCUAUCGGGGCCAACAAUGCAAACUCUGGUACGACGUAUUUUGUGAGCCCCAUGUCUCCAUGUGGAUCGCAAGAAUCCCCGCCCGCUAUGCUGCCAACGGUCGAUUGCCAAGGCGAGCUUGCUGCCUUGGGAUUUCAGGAAGCCGGAUUGUGGGUGUAUGGGCUACCAGAUCGCCUGGACAUUGCUCCCGCCGCGUCCUCUGCUGCAGGACGAGCCACGGGGAAUGAUGGCGAGGAUUCCCGGGAGUUAGAGACUUUGGCUUUCCCGGGACAGGAUAGUUCGACACGGCUACAGCAGUCCAUUUUGAGGCCAAAGAUGCUUAUCAAUGGCCAUAAAAUCAGCGAGGUGCCUGGAAUCGCCGCUGCCCGUUGGGUACAGCAACUCGACGGCGCGACGACCCACCGUAGGCUAGUGGCGGUGGCCCCCGGCGGCGUUAAUCCCCCGAGCUUUGGCGAGGAAGAUGUUCCGGUAGAUGGAGGACGGGUGCUUCUCUUCGACUUUACACGGUCCGCUAGCGACGGAGAUGUGACCGAGCUCAGCAUUGAGAUCGGAGAGGCCGAGCCUAAGAUGCUGAACGAACCAAAUGCUAGCAUGGAUACUGCUGUUGAAUUAGAGCGAAGAAGGACACGAUUGCAACGUGCCAAUCCUCUUCGUGUACGGCAUGCUGCUCGCGAGUCAUAUCCUGCUGCCUCUCCCACGUAUCAAAUCGCUCCGUUGAAUUUGCGUCGCAAUAGCUCCUACUUUUCUGGCUCCUCGAACGAGGCCGGAGAGGGCGAAUUUCCCCCAAUUCCAGAUAGCCCCUAUGAUAAUACUCAACCUCGGUCUCAAGACACAUUGCGCCGUGCCGCUACGGCUGCGGCCUCAAGCCGAGGACGGUACAAUGCGAGGUACCGAGAGGAAGGCCGUCGGAUGUACGACGACAGGCGUGUCCCUCCGAUCUUCCAAGUUCCUCAUGAAAGCGACGCGGACAAUUGGGUCCCUCCGCCGCCCCCGUACUCCCGCGAACCCGACGGGCCGCUGCCGGAGAGCCUCAGGCGAACUCUUCUUCCCACGGGAGCUAGUGCCUCGUCGCCUCAGGUUCACAGAUCUCAAACAACCCGUCAAAGUACCACAGAGGAGACGUCGACUCUCUCCUCCUUACAAAGACUAGGCACUAUUACCGGUUCUAGGUUCACCUCGCGCGCGAGAAGAAACACGCGUGAUUCCGACGACCAAACUCGACGGCAUAGCAGUUUUAUGCGCCGGAGAACUAAUUCGGGAAGCCGCUUUACGCAGAACGUCGAGGAACCCGAUGUGCCCGCGGUGCCUCCAUUACAAGGGCUUGGCAGCACCCCGCAGCGACCGCAAACCGCCGGUCAUAUCUCAUCACUGCCGAGUCGCGACGAUGUUCAGGUAGCUUCCACGGCUGAGAUCUCACAAGACCCGACGCAGGCGACCCCACGUCAAGCAGAUCAGCGUGAACCAGAUCCGGGUCACUCUGCCGAAGAAGAUUUGGAGGGCCAGGAAGAUACUGUGCCUGCCCUUCCCACAACGGGACCUAAUCUAAACUAUCCAUUCUCUCUCUCGUCGCCUAACCUCCAGGCCUUUGAACCCCAGUACGAGUCUCCGGAGAUCAUGAGACCUACGCCCACGAGUACGCCAUCCCGGGCCACGACCUCGCCAGCCUUGGCAGCCGUUCUCUCCUCCAACAACCACCCAUUCAAGCUCGGCGAUGAGAUUUUCGGCAUGGCGCAUGCCGAUCGAGGGUCCGCGUCUGAGUACGUGCUCGUCAAGGCGGACGAGAUCGCGUUGAAGCCUGCCAAGCUGUCGUGGGAGGAGGCCGCCUAUGUGCCGUUGAGCGCGCAAACGGCCUACGAGGCGCUCUUUAUGCAUGCUGGUGUUCCAUUGCCAUCCCUAUCGGCAUUUGCAUCUGUACUUGAGUCUGACUCUCAUUAUGGGGCUAAGACGCCAACGAACACCCAGAACCAGACCAUCCUCAUCACCGGCGCCGCCGGCGGAGUGGGAAUCUACCUCGUCCAGCUGGCUCGUCUGGCCGGUCUACAUGUCGUGGCGGCGAGCAGCUCGAAUGCGCGCAAUGCGUCGUUCCUGCGCGAUCUAGGCGUCCACGAGACGUUCGAGUAUACGGAUCUUCUUCGUGCAGGUCGGGAUCGGAUAAACACAAACACAGAUCCAGAUCCAGACACAACGUACGAUAUCAUAUUCGAUACAGUCGGCGGGGACGUGUUAGCUGGGUGCUGGGACUUGGUGAACCCGUCCUCGGGGUGUCUGAUUUCCGUGGAGUCGGCGAGUUACGAUUUCGUCAGGGAGCAUGCGGAGAAGGUCGCCAGGACGGGGACAGGGACCGGGAAGGGAAAUGGGGUCAAGUCCUUAUUUUUUAUCGUGCAGGGGAGCAGUGCUGCGUUGGCGGAGUUGGCGCGUUUUGCGGAUGAUGGGAAGCUGAGGGUUUUCGUACUGGAACGGUAUCCUCUUAAGAGGGCUGCUGAGGCGUAUGAGAGGGCGAGUGGACGGGGUGGGAUAGGGAGAGGGAAGAUUGUUCCGACGUUUUGA